UUCUCAUUCCCAACCGCUCUCCAGCCUCUGUCGCCUCUCUGCAGCUUUGCUCGCUCACUGGCUGGGGAGGGGGGGGGGGGGAGAGAGGCCGCCAUGUUGGAUCCUGAGACUUCAGUAGCAGCAGGAGCUUGUGCGUGAGGCGUAAAGGAGAGGAGUAGGAAAGAAGAAGGAGGUCGGCGAGGAGAGGAAAAGGAAACCGGAGGAGGGAGCACAAGCUAUCACCGCGUCGUCCUGGGUUUUGUGUUUUUUUUGCCACAUGAAGAAGAUGCCCUGAGCACGGUGGACUGAGGCAGGGGCGAGCAUCUCUUCAUCCCCUGCACUGGGAAAUAGCAGCAGCAGCAGCAGCAGCAGCAUCUUCUGGAGGAAGGAAGCGGUGGGGGAUAGAGCAGCAGCAAUAUCCUGACACCCUUAGUCAUCCUGUCCCCCAAGACAAACAAGGAGCAGGAGGACACGCACCGACAUGAAAAGGAUUUGCUAGGAUUAUUACCAGCCCAGCUUUCUCUUAGCCGGGAGAAUUUAAGGGAGGGCGAAUAUUAUUUUCCCCUCCACGCCCUAACAUCUCUCCCCCCCCCCCCCAAUAUAGCGGGGAGGGGAGUUAAGGAAAUGAAGACUUCACGUUUAUUUUUGGAUAGCUGAAGACUUGGUAAAGGAAGGGAGGAAUAUCUAUUCUACCACAGACAGCCCUGAGGAAGGGCUCUGUUCCUGGGGACUUUUCCUCUCCACCCCCCCACCCCCACUCUCUGAAGGAUUGCCACUGAUGCAUUUUCCAAGGGGUGGUGGAGGUGGAGGUGGUGGUGGAGGAGAAGGUGGAGGAGAAGGUGGUGGUGGAGGCGGCGGUGGACACGCUCCAGCUCUAGACCUUCCAAAUCCUAUGCAUUUUAUUUUUUGCCCUCCCCUCUUCAAAUAUCUUUCUGCUGCUGUUUCCAUGAAAGUGGAUUGCUGAUGCAAAUUGAAUGGGGAUUUUACACUUUAAUGAUGCAGUAGGAUUCAUUUCGGGAUUAUGUUGCAUGAUCUGAAUUUUGAAUGAAGAAGGAGACCUUUAAAAUCUAUCUAUAUCUAUAUAUGAGAGAAGACUGGAGUCAGUCUUGGGUUGAUCUUUUUUAAUUAUUAUUAUUAUUAUUAUUAUUUAAAUGUAUAAAGUAUAUAUUUUCUUUAAAAUGUAUUAAAAGAGAUUUUAGGGUAAUUAUUUUCUUUAAUAUUCUGUAUAUAUUGUAUAUGUCUGUGAAAAAACUGAUCAAGACACAGUUCUCAGAGUGGGAAUUCUGAGAUGGAUUGUACGUUCAGCACCAUCCUUGAAGCACUGACUUUUCAACAUACUUUUUAGAAAUUAUAAUACAUUCUAAUGUUUUAGAUUUUUGAAAAAUAACUAAUAAUAAUAAGAGAGAAGGUCCACAAAAACUGAAGCAACCAUGUCUGGAGAAGUGCGCUUGAGACAGCUGGAACAGUUUAUUUUGGAUGGGCCAACACAGACAAAUGGUCAAUGCUUUAGCGUGGAAACCUUGCUGGAUAUACUCAUCUGCCUUUAUGAUGAAUGUAAUAAUUCACCCCUGAGGAGAGAGAAAAAUAUUCUGGAGUAUCUAGAAUGGGCCAAGCCUUUUACAUCUAAAGUGAAACAGAUGCGACUACAUAAAGAAGACUUUGAAAUCUUGAAGGUGAUUGGCCGAGGAGCCUUUGGAGAGGUUGCGGUAGUGAAAUUGAAAAAUGCAGAUAAGGUAUUUGCCAUGAAAAUAUUAAAUAAAUGGGAGAUGCUGAAACGAGCCGAGACAGCUUGUUUUCGAGAAGAGAGGGAUGUAUUAGUGAAUGGAGAUAACCAAUGGAUUACAACACUGCACUAUGCCUUCCAGGAUGAAAACUAUUUAUACCUGGUUAUGGAUUACUAUGUUGGUGGAGAUCUGCUUACCUUGCUCAGUAAGUUUGAGGACAGACUACCUGAAGAAAUGGCUCGCUUUUAUUUGGCUGAAAUGGUGGUAGCAAUUGAUUCUGUACAUCAGCUACAUUAUGUCCAUAGGGAUAUCAAACCAGACAACAUCCUGAUGGAUAUGAAUGGACAUAUUCGGUUAGCGGAUUUUGGUUCUUGUCUGAAACUGAUGGAAGAUGGAACGGUUCAGUCUUCAGUGGCAGUUGGAACACCAGACUACAUCUCUCCAGAGAUCCUACAAGCCAUGGAAGAUGGGAAAGGGAAGUAUGGUCCUGAAUGUGACUGGUGGUCCCUUGGUGUUUGCAUGUAUGAAAUGCUUUACGGAGAAACACCUUUUUAUGCAGAGUCCCUGGUGGAGACCUAUGGAAAGAUAAUGAACCACAAAGAGAGGUUUCAGUUUCCUGUCCAAGUGACGGAUGUGUCUGAAAAUGCCAAGGACCUAAUUCGAAGGCUCAUCUGCAGCAGAGAGCAUAGACUUGGGCAGAAUGGGAUAGAAGACUUUAAAAGCCACCCAUUUUUUUCAGGGAUUGACUGGGAUAACGUUCGAAACUGUGAAGCACCUUACAUCCCUGAAGUCAGCAGUCCAACAGAUACAUCAAAUUUUGAUGUAGAUGAUGAUUGUUUAAAGAAUUCUGAGACGAUGCCCCCUCCAACCCAUACUGCGUUUUCUGGUCAUCAUCUGCCAUUUGUAGGAUUCACAUACACAAGUCGCUGUGUCCUUUCGGACCGCAGCAGUCUGAGAUUUGCAGCUGGGCAACGUGCUGUGGACCUUGAUGCCAGUGUUCAAAGGACACUUGAGGAUACCUUGGCCACAGAAGCAUAUGAGAGGCGAAUAAGGCGUCUGGAGCAGGAAAAACUAGAACUUAGCAGAAAACUUCAAGAGUCCACACAAACGAUCCAGGCCUUGCACUAUUCAACUGUAGAUGGUCCGUUAACAGCAAGCAAAGAUACAGAAAUUAAAAGCCUAAAAGAAGAAAUUGAAAAGCUAAGAAAACAGGUGACUGAUUCUGGGCGACUGGAGCAGCAACUUGAAGAGGCCAGUUCUGCAAGACGAGAAUUAGAAGAUGCUGCCAGACAAAUCAAAACGUCUGAGAAACAAAUCAAAGUAUUAAAGCAAGAGAGGGACGAUCUUAAUAAGGAACUGAUUGACUCUAGUGAAAGAUUAAAGACCCAAACCAAAGAGCUGAAAGAUGCACACAGCCAGCGGAAAUUGGCUAUGCAGGAAUUCUCUGAGAUGAAUGAGCGACUUACUGACUUACAUUCACAAAAACAGAAACUUACCCGUCAGGUCAGAGAUAAGGAAGAAGAAAUGGAAGUGGUGAUGCAAAAGGUUGAAGGCUUGAGGCAAGAGCUACGCAGAACAGACAGAAUGAAGAAAGAACUGGAAGUUCAUGCUGAAGCUGCAGCUGCGGAAGCAUCCAAGGACAGGAAACUGCGUGAGCGAAGUGAGCAGUACUCUAAGCAGCUGGAAAAUGAGUUAGAAGGACUAAAGCAGAAGCAAAUUGGUCGCUCCCCAGGGGUGAGCAGCACAGAACAUCAGCAAGAGAUCACAAAAUUAAAAGCUGACUUGGAUAAGAAAAGUGUUUUUUAUGAAGAGGAGCUAUCUAAACGAGAAGUAAUACAUUCAAAUGAAAUUAAAAAUCUGAAGAAAGAACUGCGUGAUGCAGAAAGUCAACAGGUUGCUCUCAAAAAAGAAAUCCUCAUCUUGAAAGACAAGUUAGAAAAGACAAGGAGAGAAAGCCAAAGUGAAAGGGAGGAGUUUGAAACAGAGUUCAAACAAAAAUAUGAACGAGAGAAGAUUCUGCUGACAGAGGAGAACAAAAAGCUUUCCAAUGAGCUUGAUAAGCUUACAGCCAUGUAUGAAAGACUAAGUAUGAGUAACCGGCAACUGGAAGAAGAGAUGAGAGAUCUUGCUGACAAAAAAGAAUCUGUAGCGCACUGGGAAGCCCAGAUCACCGAAAUCAUCCAGUGGGUGAGUGAUGAAAAGGAUGCUCGAGGCUACCUCCAAGCCUUAGCCUCUAAAAUGACUGAAGAGUUAGAGGCCCUGAGGAACUCCAGUUUGGGUGCAAGAGCAACAGACAUGCCCUGGAAAAUGCGCCGCUUUGCAAAACUGGAUAUGUCUGCGAGGUUAGAGCUACAGUCAGCCCUUGAUGCAGAAAUACGAGCCAAACAAGCCAUUCAGGAGGAGCUAAAUAAAGUUAAAACUUGUAAUAUUGCAACAGAAUGCAAACUACAAGAAUCUGACAAGAAGAACUCUGAGCUAUUGUCAGAAAUAGAGAGACUGAAAAAAGAGACAGAAGAACUCCGAUCAGAAAAGGGUGUAAAGCACCAAGACUCACAGAAUUCUUUCUUGGCAUUUUUGAAUGCACCUACCUCUGCUUUGGAUCAAUUCGAAGAUUCCUUUUCUUCUUCAUCAUCCUCAUUGAUUGAUUUUAUGGAUGACCGCUCUCCUUCCUGUAUUCCAGCUCACAAAGGCAGACGUAUUGAUUCUGUUGAAAAUUUUACCUUAUCUAAUACGCCUUCGCGGGAUGAAGAUAUCAAGUGUCACCUUCAUUCAAGAUCUAGGUCCCCUUCCACAGCUAGUGACAUUGAACCAAUUGAGGUUUCAGAUCAUCCUCUGCGUCCCGUUCACACACCAACCAUGAGGUCACCGUAUAUUGGUUCAGGACUUUCUGUGCCAAAGCCUAAGGCUCAUCAGUUUGUAGUGAAAUCUUUUAAUACCCCUACCAAAUGCAAUCAGUGCACAUCUUUGAUGGUUGGCUUAAUAAGACAGGGCUGUACCUGUGAAGUGUGUGGAUUUUCAUGCCAUGUGACCUGUGCAGACAAGGCACCAGCAGUGUGUCCAAUCCCACCUGAACAGACAAAGGGUCCUCUAGGGAUUGACCCACAGAAAGGAAUAGGAACUGCUUAUGAAGGGCAUGUCCGAGUCCCUAAACCAGCUGGAGUGAAGAAAGGCUGGCAGAGAGCUCUGGCUGUUGUCUGUGACUUCAAGCUCUUCCUUUAUGAUAUAGCAGAAGGAAAGGCAUCCCAGCCCAGUGUGGUAGUGAGUCAGGUUCUUGAUAUGAGAGAUGAAGAAUUCUCAGUGAGUUCUGUCUUGGCUUCUGAUGUCAUCCAUGCAAAUCGAAAAGAUAUUCCCUGUAUCUUUAGAGUUACAGCUUCCCAGCUAUCAGCAUGCAGUAACAAAUGUUCAAUCCUGAUCCUAGCUGACAGUGAGAAUGAAAAGAGCAAAUGGGUAGGAGUCCUGAAUGAAUUGCACAGGAUUUUAAAGAAGAACAAACUCAAAGAUCGAUCAGUCUAUGCUCCCAAAGAGGCCUAUGACAGCACUUUGCCCCUCAUUAAAACCACCCAGGCAGCAGCAAUCAUAGAUCACGAAAGAAUAGCUCUGGGAAACGAAGAAGGGUUAUUUGUGGUGCAUGUGACCAAGGAUGAGAUAAUUCGUGUUGGCGACAGUAAGAAAGUUCAUCAGAUUGAACUCAUCCCAAAUGAACAGCUUAUCGCAGUGAUCUCAGGACGAAACCGUCAUGUGCGGCUAUUCCCUAUGGCAGCCCUAGAUGGACGAGAGACUGAUUUUUAUAAACUGGCAGAGACAAAAGGUUGCCAGACGAUCGUUUCUGGACAAGUGCGCCAUGGAGCCCUUACUUGCCUGUGUGUGGCAAUGAAAAGACAGGUCCUCUGCUAUGAACUAAAUCACAGCAAAACACGUCACAAAAAAAUUAAAGAGAUCCAAGUGGCUGGGAAUGUCCAGUGGAUGGCAAUCUUUAGUGAGCGGCUCUGUGUAGGCUACCAGUCAGGAUUCUUAAAAUACCCUUUGCAUGGAGAAGGAAACCCACAUAGUUUGCUUCACCCAGAUGAUCACACACUCUCAUUCAUUGCACAGCAGCCAACCGAUGCCAUCUGUGCAGUUGAAAUCUCAAAUAAGGAGUACCUGCUGUGUUUUAGCAGCGUGGGGGUUUAUGUGGACUGUCAAGGUCGAAGGUCUAGGCAACAGGAACUGAUGUGGCCUGCAACACCUUCCUCUUCCUGUUACAAUGCACCAUACCUCUCAGUAUAUAGUGAAAAUGCAGUUGAUAUAUUUGACGUGAACUCCAUGGAAUGGAUUCAGACUAUUCCCCUCAAGAAGGUACGUCCUUUGAACACAGAAGGAUCGCUAAACGUUCUAGGACUAGAAACAAUUAGGUUAAUAUAUUUCAAAAACAAGAUGGCAGAGGGUGAUGAAUUAGUGGUUCCUGAGACAUCAGAUAACAGCCGGAAGCAAAUGGUCCGAAAUAUCAACAAUAAACGCCGUUACUCAUUCAGAGUGCCUGAAGAGGAGAGGAUGCAACAGAGGAGGGAGAUGCUGCGAGAUCCAGAAAUGAGAAAUAAAUUAAUUUCUAACCCAACUAACUUUAACCAUAUAGCACACAUGGGCCCAGGAGAUGGUAUACAGAUCCUCAAAGACCUGCCUAUGCCAAGCUCCCCUUGUCCACCCCCUCAUCAUCAUUCCCGCCUCAUCUCUUCUCCAAGCAACUUCGAGCACAUCUAUCACAUGACUGUUAACUCAGCUGAAAAUUUCCUCUCCCAUGAUUCCGUAAACCCUGCAUAUCCCCCACCUCUGCGCUCUCUCCCUCGUACACCAGCAGUUAUGAAUCUAAGGAACCUUCGACCUCAGGAAAGUCGGACUAUGUUUAGCGGCUCUGUCAGUAUCCCAUCUAUCACAAAAUCCCGUACUGAACCAGGGCGGUCCAUGAGUGCUAGCAGUGGCUUGGCAGCAAGAUCAUCUGCGCAGAACGGCAGCGCGUUGCGGAGGGAAUUCUCAGGAGGUAGCUAUGGAGCAAAACGUCAGCCGAUGGCAUCCCCUUCAGAUGGUUCCUUGUCCUCUGGCGGUUUGGACCAAGGGAGCGAUGCGCCAACGAGGGACUAUGAGCGAGAGGACUCUGACUCUCCAAGGCAUUCGACAGCUUCCAACAGCUCCAACCUGAGCAGCCCUCCCAGCCCCAUCUCUCCUCACAAGACCAAGAGCCUCUCCCUCGAGAGCUCUGACCACGUGAGUUGGGACACAUGAACUGCUUCAGCACUCAGAUUUGACAUCUCAGCAGCUUAUUGUCCCCCAUGACUCUCCGUUUGCUCUCACUGUCAUCACCCCUCAGCUUCCCUCUGAAAACAAACUCGGGGAGGGGAGGGGAGGGGAGGAAGAGAAUAUAUUUGCCUUCUCUGGCACAAGCUGCAUCACGCUCACCGCUCCCUCGCCCACAUUCAAUAGUAGCAACAAGCCAGAGAAAAUCUUGGUGGAGGGUGGGGGUUGAUAGACGAGAAAUAUUGGUAUAUUUGUAUUAGUAUUGACUUUAUUUCAUAGGAUUACAUUAUUCUGGGCAUAUUCCACCUCACCCCACCACUCCAAACAAAACACAGUAGUGUAGACUGACCAAAACACAAUCUGUAAGAGAGAAUCAGAUCAUUUUUGCUUUGACACACACACACACAGUAUCGUAUUAUAUUUUUUCAAGGGUAGCACAGCAAACCGCUUCGUCUCUUGGGAUGGGACGAAAUUCGCCCUGCUGGGGACGAUUCACAUGCUUUCAGCCAGUCACUCCGUUUGAAUGUCAGUCUGAUUGUUGCCAGCAAAUCUUUAUUGAUUUUUUAAAAAUGAUGCAUAUUUUACUACAGUACAGAGUUUAAGUAAAUACGCAAAAUUAAGAGUUAGUACGUAUGUAUAUAAUAAAAGAAAAAGCAGCAUUGUGAUGCAGCGGAAGAUGGAUUCCUAUUUAAGAGAUCCUUUAAUUUAAGAAGACUUUUGUUGUUCCCUUUUUCAUAUUAAAUAAUCUACAGAUUGAGGGUAUGAUCUGAAUAUAGAACAUGACACUGGAUACAAAAUAUACAGCCUGGAGGAAGACUCCAACUUCACAAUGUGCUCUGUAACGUUUCCUUCUUGUCAGUAGAAGAACUAAAGCCAUAACCCUCAUUUUUAAACUAUCUCUUGACUGUCUCCUGCAUCUGUUUCACUCUACAAGCAAAACCCAUGAUUUGCGAGUCGACAAGCAUGACUUGGGCUCAAGGGCAGUUUAGUGUAGAAUCAAUAUUCAUCCCCAAGAAAUGAUAGACUAACCACAGCCAAAGUCAGGGCUAAUGGAUAAGAGGUUUGGGAAAGGCUAGGCUAGGCUUUCAAACCCAUCUUGCCAUUUAAUAACCACUUCGCUCUUCAGUUCACUAUCAAGUCUUAGUGGACUAUCUGCAUUAGUCAAUCACAAUACUAGUUCUGAAAUGGAAUAUUUGAAAUAUGUAGUUUGCUGCUCUUGCACACUGAAGGCUAAAAUGCUGCUGUUAGUCUUAUACUUUGCUCGAACACUGGGUGGUUCAAGACUUCCGUUCUGAAGGCUUUCAUUACUGUCAUUUCCCCCACCCCUGAAACUCAACCCAGCGCGUGUUUAAUGUUUUUUGCCAUAAAAUACUGUGGUGGUUGGAUUCAGCAGAGAAGCAUUUAGGAGGGCAAAGCAUUUCUCUCUGGAUAGAAGACAACGGAAACCUAUCAACUCCCUGAAAUGAACAGUGGCAUAUGUAACAUGCAAAGAGGGGAUGAGAACAACCCCCCCCCCAGCUUCUUGAGCAAGAUGAGCGCAGUUCGCAUUUUCAGACUAGAUUAAUGUGAUUUUUUUUUCUCCUUGGAAUUAUUGCUACCUUACGCUGUGAUCAACCUCAAAUGAUAAAGAGUUUGUAUGGUGGUGUUUUUAAAAAUUUAGAAUAAUAUUUUACUGGAGUUUGGUAACAUUUCAUGGCUACCAUGGAACCAUUCCAAGUCAUUCUGGUCAGCAGGAAAACAUCAAAAGUGCAACUAACAGAAUUCCCAGGUUCCUUCUGAAAAGUGUUAGCUGCGAUCAUGCAAGGUACAAAGGUUAAGAAGUACUAUGAGAUAUGGAUCCUUGUCUUUAACCAUCUAGCUGUAUUGAGUCUGCUAGUUGUUGGUUCGAUCUUUUCCUGCGUUGAGUGCAUUGCCACAUCUAAAGCUACCACUUAGCUAUUUUAUAGGGGUGGGGAUGCAAUCAGAUUUUCUAUUAAAUAUGGCGUCCAAAUCCUGUCUCUUGAAUUCAGCUCAUCAAGAAUCUCAAAGUUAAUGAUGUCUGUUUUCUUAUCAUGGGUAUAAACAAGGGAUUUGCAACUUUGCAUUUUAUAGCAACCAGUUUCAAAUACUAAAUUAAUUUUCUGUUCAGCAAGACUUUUAGAAACUGCCAGUGGAUUUUGAAUGCUGUCUGUCCCUGUGGCCUGGCUAUUUUAUUUCCCAGCCCCUUCUCUUCACGCCCAUAGAAGUUAGCAUUAUAUUUUUCACUUGUAUGUCAGAAAUAACCUUGUUUAAAUGCCAUCUUGUAAGAGAGCUUUAAGGCUGCCAGGACUUGAGCUAUACAGAUGGCCUCUAUGGUUAUCCACUUUAGAAGUCACACCAAGUCCUAUGGCAGUUUAUCUGUGCCUCACCUGAGAAUGAAAGCUGAGGCAGCACCUAUAUUUUGAGCUAUAAGAGCUAUAAGGUGUUCAUAUAAGAGGUGAUUGGAAGAAAUUAGCACCCUAAAAAUACAUUUUAUAGAACGUUGGGCAUUUUCACAAAUUAUGACUAUCAUUUGUUAGGCUGCCAUGAGCCUGGAAUGCACAAGGAUGUAGUUGUAUGUUACGAGCCCUGGUUUCCAGCUGUGCCCAAUGCAAAUGCUCUAAUACAUCUGAAAUGGUUAGCUGGUGAAUUUGAGAUUUGCUGCUAUGCUUUGUUCAAUUUCCAUUCAGAUAUGAUUAUAUUUCUCCAAGCACUUUUACAUGCUCUAACUGAAUCCUGACUCAUUUGAUUAGCAUCUCUGUGUGUACGCAGUUUGAAGCCGUGCUUUCCGUAACUGAGAGCCUUUGCUUUUUGUGGAUUCAGGCACCUCAACACUUUGCACCAUCAUUCUUGAGGCUUAUUAAAUUGGGUUUUGAUUGUAAAUGAACCGCAGAUUGUAUAGCUCUUGCCCAAGGCUCCAUUGUGUGUUUUUCUGUAUUAAAUGCUCACAGAUUAUUCACAUCAUUACUUUUUUCUUUUCAAAACACAUUCCCCUUGUAUUAUUAGUUUUUUUCUUUUCUUGAAUCGGUUUUUCAUUAGCUGGCUUCUUCUACAGGUUGAUUUGUGUGUUCGUUGUUUUGUGUUCCUAACCUGCAUUUUUUAGAACAGGAGUUUUGGUUUGGAAAAAAAAAAACUACAGUUAACAUUUGUGUUAAACUCUCAGGUAUUUGAAAGCAACCGGAUGUCUUCAUACAAAUGGAAUAAUGUAUUUUAGCAUGAGGUUCACCACAGAUACAUCCUUGGCACAAAGAAAGCUUUUGUUCUGAAAUAAUGCAUAUUUGGGUGAUAGAUUGAAUUCAGGAUGAUAAUUUAAAGACCUUGAAUGUGGAAAAAUAGUUAGGUCUCUUUAGCCAGUGAGUUAAAAAAUAAUACUGAUAGAGCAGCACAGUGGCUCAAUUUCUUUUUUCUGGCAUGUUAUUAAAUCAGAAAGAAAUUGGGAACCCAGAAUCUGGCUUAAUGGGAUUUUCCUAGCCUUAGACAAUUUCACCACAGGUGUGAAAGUUACCUCUAUACCACCUGGGUUCCAUGUAUGGAUGCCCUGUUUGGAGACCUCAGGAAGGGCCUAUGCCUUGGGGUGAAUGUCACUGAGAGGCGCAUGACCUAAGUGUAGCCCAGGCCAAUAAGGCUUUGUGUCUGGAGGUUAAUUCCAAAAGCGUCAUCUGGCUUCUCCUGGAAUAUAGAUCUGGGCUUCUAACUCCUCAUCUGCAAGGGGGCCUUCAGAGAUCACAUAAACUGUAAAUUUUUGACUUUUAAGACCAUGUUGUGCAUUAGGGCAAUUCCACACAACGUCAUCUUGUCUUUUUCUUUCUAUAAAAAAAACCCUCUCCCAUCCUGCAUAAGAACUUGUCUCACUCAUAAGGAAGCAAUCCUCAACCAAAAACCAGUGUUGGUAUUUCACAGCAAUUAUACCUGCCUUUUUAUGUAUGAUGGUUUCAUAUCAUUUAUUUUUUAAAAAGAUAUUUUUAGGGAUUUUUUCAUUGUAAUAUUAUUGUACAGUUUUGCAUGGCCUAGAUGUAAUCACUUUUUGUUUUCGUUUUUGUUUUAGAGUAUAAAAGCUGACAAGUGUGCGUGGGGGGGGGGGAGAUUCUGCUUUUUGCCUCUUCUCAAUCUUCUCUUAUUUUUGAUUUAUGCCCUCAGUGUUAUAGAGGACAUUGUAAGAGAUUCUCUGCUCCAGAACAAUGAUGUAGAUUCUAUUGCACAGAAAUAUUUAAGGUGGACCGGUCAAUGAUGUAAUAAAUGACAGACCACCAAUAUUUUAUGUUGGUAACACUUAAUAUUAACCUACUUUGAUGUAUUGCAAUAAAACAGGGAACUAUU